UUUUUUUUUGGUUUCUUUGAACCUGUUGUGAUUUGUUCUUGUUGUACCGGUCUUUCCCUCACUGGUGAGUGUUGAAAUUUGCUGACAUUUCAUGCAGUUUGGGACUUGCUCAUCAAGAUCAUGGCUGUGUGGUUUUGUAUUAGCACAAGGGAAGUUCACACCAAAUCCGCGGUAUAAAUUACCAGAAAGUUCAAGUUGUGUUUCCUUUGACGAAGCCCAACCAGGAAGACGUUUGAAGAUGUACAGCGACAGUUGGUUUCGGCUGAAGUGCAUAGUACAUACAUGCACGCCAAGUGGAUAUUUUGUUAUGUUUUAGUUGACAAGUGUUGUUCUCGGACUACUGAAAACGCCUGAAGACACAUGAAGCCUGUUACCUUGUAACCUUACUGCCAAUUUGUUGAACCUGUUGGUACCUGUGCCUGUGUGGAUACUGAAUUAUCCUUUUAUUGUACUUGUAUAUGUACUGCUGCUAAUGUGGAGAUGUUCUGAAGUUAGCAGAGCACAUCAAAAAGCAGGAAUCAUGCCUUGGGAUUGGAAGUUCAAGUUAGCUAUUUUGGCACAGUAUCACGCUAGCAUGCAGUGGAAGUGGCAUGAUCCCACCUGUUGGUAGGCACCGGUGGCAGUUUUGAUGGAUCAGAGAUCUACCCAAGUGGGCCUGGAACGUGAUGCCAUUGAAGCCGUGAUUCAAGUUGAGGAGUGCAGCUUUGAAUGUGAACUCUCACUGACUUGUGUUAGAUUUGAACCACCUGUGGUGCUGUGUCAGUUACAUGUACAUGUAGAAAAUUUCCAAAGAAAAGACUCAGUAGGGAUUCGAACCCACAAUAAGCUGUUAUUAGAUGUGUUUUUUUAUAAAAGUUUCCAUGUACUCCCAGUGCUAGUUAUUGGAACUCAACUUGUUCGGGCCAGAAACAUUUUUCUGUGGUGACCUUAUAAAUUUGUCUCCUGAACUCAACCAGGAUGCCAUCGAAAAAAGGCAAAAAGAAAGGGAGUUUAUCCUCUAAUCGUAGCCAAAACUCUGUGAACAGCCGGCCGGUGUCCACUGUGUCUGCCGUCAGUUACAAUCGGGAAUCCGUGCAGUUGGGCGGGCAGCAGUACGGACGCUCCUUUUUCGAUCUGAUCUUGAAAUACUUGCUCAUUGGGGAUUCGGAGGUGGGGAAGUCGUCACUUGUGCUACGCUUCUCCGACAACAAUUUUAGAGAAAACUUUGUUUCGACUAUAGGUAUUGAUUUCAAAAUCAAGACAGUUGAACUACAAGGUAAGAAGAUCAAACUUCAGAUAUGGGACACGGCGGGCCAGGAGCGAUUCCAUACGAUCACCACCUCCUACUACCGGGGAGCCAUGGGUAUUAUGCUGGUGUAUGACAUCACGCAAGAGAAGACCUUUGACAAUAUCGCCAAGUGGCUACGCAACAUUCAAGAGCAUGCAAAUGAAGAUGUAGAAAAGAUGCUAUUGGGAAACAAGUGUGACAUGGAGGACAAGCGAAUGAUCAGCAAAGAGAGGGGCGAGAACAUUGCGAGGGAGAACGGCAUCAAAUUCCUAGAAACCAGUGCCAAGGCAAACGUGAAUGUUGAAAAGGCUUUCAUGACACUCGCAGAGGACAUCCUCAAGAAGUACCCACAGAAAGACCCAGCAAGUGGAACAAGCGGGAACAUCAAACCAACGGGGGACGACGGCAGCCAGUCAAGAAAAUGCUGUUAAAAAUUCCACUUUGUGUCUCGUCACCCGCCCACUUCUCCCCCUCUCCCUCCCACUCCAGACUUCUUCUGUCACUGGUCACGUCAAGAGAGACUCAUCUUUCAGAGAAUCACCUGGUAUCGGAUUUAUUUCAUGCUGUGCUGCGACCAGAUAUCUUUUUUAAUGCAUAAUAUGUUGAACGUUUGGAGGCCGUUAUUCAGGUUGUAGAUGCGUAGAGUAAAAAAAAGAAGCAAAUUAGAGUACAUGUUUAUUGUUACAGCGCACCCAUCCUACAUUGUGGUAGCCUGUGUUCCAAAUAACUGCCACAUUAUCGUUACAAGUCUGUGGUGUCCGACAUGUCCUUCUGACCAACCCAGCCAUUUUGUCUCCAUGUGCCACAUGCAAUGAGGCGUACACAGCUUUGCUUAUGUGAUUUUUUUUAAUGAUGCGUGAAACGCUGUAGUUUCCAUAUUUGAGAUUUUAUGUCAUAAUUGACUCCACAAGUGUCAGUGUGGUUAGAACUGACAAGAAUUUCCAAUCUCAUUCGAGAGACUUCAAAGCACCAAUGGCCCCCAGAUUUAUAACAUGUGCGAGCUACUCCGCAUUUAAACCAGGAUAAGUCAGGCAUCCAGAUUGCUUGUGUAUAGAAAAUGUCAUCACUUACUUGGAGAGCAGUUUAUAUGUUAAUCAGGAAAUGACAGGUGGUCUCUGGGUGGAAGUUGAGAAGGCAUUUCAGUCGUAGGAUCUACAUCUAGUUUGAAUUGUCUGGUGUUAAAGCCUUUUUCUUCUGCCUGAGAUGUGAAUGAGGCAUGUGGUGUUUCUCUUUUGACAUGUCAUAACCCACAGACUAUCAGGGGAUAUGUGAAGACCUGCCCUCCCCCCCACACACACACAACUGUAUUCCACUGUGUGGUAAAUUAUUGUGUUGAAAGUCACUCCAUAGUAGAAUCCGCGCAAAACAGUUGGAAACACAGAAACAGCACUGGAAAGUACCGUAGUUGGCAUUUCUGUUCAAGGGUCUGUGUACUCUAUGUCAUGCCUUCAAGUGCCGAUGCACAUUAUAGAAGUUGAGUCAUUGUAAACAAAAAUUAAGAAAUAUGGCAACAGGAGAAUGAUUUGGAAGCUAUUGGUCUCGUUGGUUGUGAAGUAGUGCUUGGGACUUGCCAGAUUUUUUGGAGUUGAGUUUUGGUUGUCUUCCAGUAGUUCUGUUUUUGUAGCCAAUCCAGGAAGCUUGCAGUGUUGAGUCGCAGAUGAGCCACAGAAAAGUCUAGGGCCUGCUUAUUUAACAUGGAUUUGGAUUGCGAUCAGUAAUCCUUACGUGGGUUCGCACCAUCCAUUAGGUGAGUUCUGGUGUUUGUAAACCAAUCACGGAUCGUGAUCCAGAUCCGUGUGAAACAAACACGGCCCAGAGUGCUUUGCUCACAGUUGUGGCAAAUGUCGUUCGCAUGAAACUGUCACUGUUGCCACACACGUCACUCAACCGUGUGAUGUUGAUGCAAUCCGAGGCUGUGAAGGCAGCACAGAUAUUAAGAAUCUUCAAUUUCAAAUGUCACAAUCUCACUUGGCCCCAGAUUCGGAUCAAAUGCUCUUCAACAUCAUGGAAGGGUGUAAGUUGACCUGUGGUAUCAUCCUCAAGGAAAUCUUCAACCUCACAAUGGCCAUUAGAGGUUGAUAUUGAAGUGUCAAGUCAGUCACCAACUGCACUUCAAAACCAAACCAAAAAGAUCACUAGUUGAUCACAUUUAUCCAUAGCUUUUAGGAUGCAAGAUUUAAUUUGAAAUGGUGUCCGGCACAGCAGUGUAGCGUUCAUGGUGCUGCAUACCAGUUACAUAGAUACCAUGAUACAGUGUUCAAUAAAUUGUGCAAAAAAUCUGUGAGUAUCAGUAAAUACUAGAGGGCGACAUUUCCCCAGACAGGACAGUUCUCUGUAUAGAAAUGUCUCUUUUAAUAUUAAUGUACGGGAAGAGCUAUAAGCUUUUCUCUUGUGCACAUUAAACGUAAAGGAGACAUAUAUUUUUGGGUGUUUAAAGUUUUUUUAAUUUAGUUUUAAGGUCGUAUAAUUAUGAUACAUUGAUGUAUAAUGAAACCAACACAUUCAAGAGAAUUUGUACAGUAUUAACGAUGUAUGACAAAAGGACAAGAAAAAAAAUGCUUAAACAAAGCUGGUGGAUGGACUAAGCAAUUGUAUGUGUGCAUUUUACACCAAAUUGUACUGGUCUUACGGGACACGCAAAAAACAAAACUAAAAAGACAAAAAAAAAAAUUGCGUGAGAAAAUGUACUUGUGCAAUUGUUUCCUCGUUUACAUACAUGUCUAAUCUGCAAUCAAAGCCUCUGUAGUUACAAUUGACGGAGAACCCUUGGGGUACUUCUACAAAUAUGAACUGUCACAAAAGCUGUAAGAUAAAUUGGCAUUUUUUCUAGUAUUUUCUGUACUGUAGCAUUAUACAUUUGGAUUCUUUUGACUGUAAUGAAGGCGUCAGUCAGGUUGACAGCUCUGUCCCCAUGUCGUCAGUGAUUCCAGGGACAAAUGAAUCUUUAGCCGUGGUCUUCCACAGUUUCUGGCAUGGUUCCUGAGUCUUCAGUGAAUAGACGCUAUUAGUGUGGUGUUUCCAUGGGGUGUAAGGCAGCCAUCUUUGUUGUGUGCCCAGAAGUCUGUGCACAGACUUUCACACCAUGGUUUGACAGACUAAAGGCACCCGUCUGUUUUAAACGUAAAGCGUUUUCGAAAUGAGUGGAUUCGGCUUAGACUUUAGUUUCGCUGGUUCCAGCUAUUUUGAAGCAGCUUUCGAAAUCACAUGUUCAAGCUCUGACUGGAAGCAGCAAAACUGACGUUUAAGCUGAAUCCACUCCUUUCGACGGUACUUUCAUAAGAACAAGAAGCUUUUGAGAAACUAGGAGUCUGUGAAUGAGUGCAUUGUUCCUUGUCCAGUAGCAUGAAAAAUUCCCACUUGGCAAGUGAUGAAACAGUAACUCAGGCACGGUUCUGUGUUACAAAUAAUUUGGUGACUGAAAAAUAUAAGCAAGAAUAAAUAUGCCAUGGACUUAAAUUGGAAUCUUUCCCAAAGAAAUUUGGAAGUUUGGCCUGAAAGUACCUAAACCGAUUUUUCCCUGAAGCCUGAAGAGGGGUAUUGUGGAUGGUUUUUGAUAUUUGGACACUUGUUGUGUUUUGUUGUUUUUUUACAGAACCGUGUCUGUAGUGACUUGCCGUUUUCAUCAACCUUUGAUUUAAUCAAACCUGGGAUAUAAUCUUCCCUACAGAAAUAGUAAAGUGUAGUGAUCAUAUAGUGUAGACAGGCUCUGUAUUUCAGAAUCCAGAACCCGUAAAGCGUUACGGGUCUUUGUGCACCCGCGACGGCCGUUUCAUGUGAAUAAAAAUUAUCAAAUAUGCUUGUAGAGAGAUGCAUGGUUGUAGAAAAUUUAAGUGAAGAGAAACAAUUGUUAUUAAAAAUCGACGAAAAGAAGCGAAGAAGUUUCAUGAUUUUGUUCAGUAAACAACGUCUAAAUUCCUGUUCUGCGUUGAAAGGAGGUGUGUGUUGCUGUUUGAAAUUGUGAUGUUGCUAAAGAAUGAAGGCAUAAUUCGGUGGCCCUAGUCUUUGGGGUUUAAAUGGGGCAGGCUUUUUUAAGCGGCCAUUUUUUUCCUGGACCAAGAGACGGGAAACUCUGUCGAAUAUAAACAUUCACAUUUGGUGUGGAAGUCCUCUGUAAAGAUUGAAAGUUUGGAAAAAAGCUGUGAAUUAUUGCGUUACAAUUAUGCAAAUGUGAACUGUUAAAAAUACAAAAACAUGUAUCAUAAUUUUGUAUUACAUGUAAAUGCCUUGCGUCUUAUUUAACAAUUGGAUAGAUAUAGAUAAUUAUUUGCGUAUUUAUAGGACAACCUCAUUUCUCUGUGGAACUUUUGAUUUUACUAAUGGUGUCAUAGAUUAGAGUAAGUUACUGUUGGGAUAUCUGGCAUAUCGUGCCUGGCAAACAACGGGCUGAAACGUCAUUACUGAUGGGCUUUCCCACGGUUUGCAGAUUGUCCGAAAUAAAAUUCAGCACCAGUUUGGAGGCUUCUGUUUAAGUUAGCGCGGCAAUCGCAUUGAAUAAUGACGCACGCGGCGCGCUAUAGCUCCCCGAUUUUAUAAGAAUGAUUCGCCAUAGAGCACAGUCGAUGUCAAGCGGUUUAUUGAGGUACCAGCUAGCCAAUCGGCGAACGAUACGUCAUGUCUCAUUCUCUGAUUGGCCAGGAGUUCUCGUUAACCCGAUUUUACCGCUCAGUUGUAUUUUGUGGUCUUAGUGACAUUCUACAUAAUACAAUAUUAUUAAGCUGAAAAAUCAAUAAAACAAUAAUUAAAGUACA